CUCUUGACCAGCAAUCACCUUAAUCUUGAGCAUCUCUCACAACUAUUGCUGUCGAACAUACUUCACGUCCAGAUUGGAGUUUUGUAUGCGUGGCUUAGCGACUCGCUUGGAAUUCUGACCCGUUCAUAACUACUCGAACCCCCUACCACCUGUCGCCAGACAACGGGAACAUGAAGCGAGACGAUGUGAUUGCUGAAUUCCGGCGAUAUGUCGAUGAGUACGUCCAGAAGCACGAUUGCUACGGCAUGAGGGGAUACGACUCAUACGAGGACAAGCAUGUGCCAUUUGUUCCACGGCGUGCACUCGAGACUUUCUGGACGGAGGAUAACAUGAGACGCGUUUUGUAUGGUCGAGAAGACUGGAUCAAAGACACUACUUCCAUCAUCCAGCCGCAUUACCUCGUUGUUUUCUCCAUCCUCGUCUAUAUGUCGCAGCCACAGCACAUUCCACUGUUCACAGGAGAGUCCGUCGAAGACACGUCUCUGCCACUGGAAGACACACCCCAUGCGUAUUGCGAGGGAGAAGGUUCAGAAGAGAAGAGGUUAUUCGAGGAGUUCCAGAAGGAACAGUGGAAGUUCUGCCCCUUCUUAUUCAAGACUGAAGGAGGGGGCAAACCGCGGAAGAGACACCUUCCGCCUUUACAGAUUAUUCCUGUCAUCGCGAAAGAACGUAUCGAGCACUCAGGGAAUAUCCAAGACGACAAUGUUUGCGUUUAUCGAGUAAAGCUACACCCGCAUUGCUUUUCUGAGCAGUACGUGGUUUUCAAAAUUUAUCGCGACGUAAAUGCGGAGGUCACGCAGCUUUAUGAAAACGAGGUAGAUAUGUACACGCAGCUCGACGACCAGACUACAUCAUAUGAUUCCAUUAUCAAGUAUUAUGGCUCAUUCGAGAUUCCCUGUUUACGGACGAUCAUACUUGAAUAUGCUCCAGGCGGAAAUUUGCAGUCUUUCUUCAAAACAUAUCCUCCUCCUUUGGCUCAGUCAGACCGAAUUAUCUUCUGGGACAGCCUGAUGGGCCUUUUGGGCGGUCUGGAUGCAAUUCACAACCUUAGAAAAAGCCAUGGGGGCAAGGGAAGCUGGAUACUCAGAGGAACUCAUCAAGAUAUCAGACCGCAAAACAUUCUCAUAUGUCCAAGUUCGUCUAACAACAUUUAUGCUGCAAGAUUCAAGUUCGCAGACAUGGGAACAGGCCACAUCAACAGGGCAAGAUAUCAAGGAUUAGAAUUGAAUGCUGAGGACAAUUGGGGGAAUGGGAUGUACAGUGCUCCAGAAGCAUGCCGAGAUCAAGGCGACUCGAAUUCGAUUCGAGGGGAGAGCGAUGUCUGGUCUCUCGGUGCUGUCGCUAGCGAAGCUCUCGUUUGGACGAGAUGGGGAGAAUAUGGACGUGGCCGAUAUCAAGAAGAUCGAGUAAACGAAACCCGUGCAACUGUUUUGAAAGGUGGAGUUCAUGAGGGCGCCUUUCAUGACGGAGCUUUGAUAGGAGCUUGUCUUCUGGACGCAGUGGAUGACUGGCAUCGGAAAGCAAGCAGCUACGCCGGUGAAGAGUCUCAAUGGUUUUCGGAAGUAGGCGAUUUUCUCUUUUCAGGCAUGCUUAUGACAGACCCCAGAGAAAGACUCAAAGCUUUCGAGCUUCAUGCUGCAUGGAAGAGCAAAAUCAUGAACGGUCCUAGCCUGGUUGAGCCACACAAAGAAACAGAGUAUGAUCUGAUCAGGUCUUCGAGGCCUCAUUCAACAUCUCGGAGGAGGGAAACCAGCCCGCUGAGCCGACUCAGUCGACAUCCAGAAGGGCAUCCUUCCGGCAGGAUGGUUGCAACACAGUCCACCGGAUCGGAUUCGGAGUACGCUCCCGGUAUUAUGUUGCAUUCACCAGAUGCAAUCCACGAAGAGACAGGUCCAGGAAGCCUUCCCGAGUCCCGAACAAUACCCCAAAGAGUUCACUCAGUACCCGAUCGACCUAGGCAUGGGCCCGGAAGUUUGUUGAACCACGAACGACAUUUGUCGGUGCCAGGUGCUGCUCAUGCAGCAACCGAAAACAACCGCAGAUCCUUCACAUGGGAAAGACCACUAGAGUCUGUUCCAGCCGAAGACGUCACAAACGCUCUGAAUAUUGAAGCUCAGGCAAAUGCACCGACAGAUGACAGAGCUCAGUUGAUGGGAGCACCUAACCAACCAGCGAGGUUACACACCGCCAUUGAUACCACGGCGCAUAGUUUCCAAAAUGAGGACUUGCCAUAUCGACAGGAGAGACUGCCAUCCUACAGAGGACCUGGCCUCGAUCUCUCUCCUCCAAGUCAUUCUCAGUGGAGUCCGGAACACAUGUCUCCCAAAGAUCUCAAUGAUGAAUUGUUAACGAUGGAAACCAUCUGGAACGUAUGCAUAGAAGGAAAGUACCGCUCACGUUCGCCAUUCGGAAGUUUCCGGAGUAGGGGAAGCACGAGGUCUAAGUUCAAAGGAAAACCUCUAGAGGCCUUCCCGCAGCUUGCUUCAUCCCUUCAGAAGUUGAAAGGAGAGACAGGCCGUGAUCAGAUCUUUCUCGUGGAUGACUCUAGGUCGAUGGAGCCCCAUCAGAAGAAGGUAGCCACGAGUUGCCAAGUUCUCUCCUAUUUGCUCAAAAAGGGAGGAGUUGACCCAAAUUCAACUUUUGAAGUCUAUUUCACCUCAUCCGAACCUCCUCUCCAGUCGACCAGAACUUCAGAGCUUAAGGAAAGCAUCGAGGGAAUGGCGUUCCGUGAAGAACAAUGCAACAUGGGCCCGAGUUUGGACGGUGUCGUCAGCAAGGCUAUCCAGAAUAAGAAGCCGGUCAGCAUAUACGUGUUGACGAAUGGCCACUGGAAUCUCAGGAACCAAGAUAGUUUCUGUGGUGUCGACGGCCCGAUCAAACGACUGGUAACUCAUGUUCAACGAACCAAUGAACAACAAAAUUGGAUCGGUAUUCAGUUCAUUCGGUUUUCUCACGAACCGGUCACCCCUGCUGACAAACUCGGGGAGACUCGGUUGAAAGCGUUGGAUGAUGAUUUGAAGCAGGAGACUGGACUAGACAUCGUCGACACACGGAACUUUGACGCAGAUGUGCGCAAAAUUUUACUCGGUUCAGUCGUACCAGAUGAGGAUAAUUCUUGAAUAUUCCGGCCGUUGGUUCGCUUCAGCUGUGAGGACUUUACUGGCAUGAACGGCUGCCAGGGGCGCGGCGCAAGGGGCACAAUAGUACAAAAGCCCAUUGUCUUUACCUUAGGCGUCAUACUCGGUGUUGGCGUAAUUGACCGUUGAUCUUCUCUUUGUUUUAGGCCGUAUGUUCGUGUGGCAAUACUCGGCGGGCAGGGAGCGCAUACUUAUAUCCUAAUCAUUGUCGAAAAGUCUCAAGCAAGCUGUCACGUCUAUCCGUACCGUUUUUGACGGUU